CGCUAUAUGAUUUGGGAUAAUAUAAAUAAUUAAGAGUGGACAUUUUAAUCAAAACACCAUUUGAAGUGAGUUAUUUAAUAGCUUAUAAACACCUUUAAAUUUGAGGGUGUGUGUUCUCAUCAUCACUUUCAUCUUGAGUUGGAGGAACUAAAAAAUGGAGUCAAUUGUGUCCAUUGAAAAUGGUGAUGAAGAGUUGAGAAAUAGAAGUAUAGAUCAAGAAAGUAGAACUAAGAUGGCAACUUUCUCAAGAAAGAAGUCUUCGGGGACAACUUUGCUCUCUUGCAUUGGUUGCCAUGAGUAUUUCUCACUUGAGAUGUGGAGAGCAGCACUUACGGAGCUAGUAGCAACUGCUUCUCUUAUGUUCACCCUAACCACCAGCAUUAUCGCAUGCUUGGAUUCAAAUGGGCCUGACCCAAAACUCACAAUCCCCUUCGCCGUGUUCUUCAUUGCCUUCCUUUUCCUCAUGGUCACGGUCCCUCUCUCUGGAGGCCACAUGAGCCCGGUCUUCACCUUCAUUGCCGCCUUCAAGGGUGUCAUAACCUUUGCUCGAGCCUCCAUUUACAUUUUAGCACAAUGCAUUGGAUCCAUCAUAGGUUUCCUAAUAAUCAAGUCCGUUAUGAGCCAUCACGAUAUCCAAAAGUAUUCAUUAGGUGGUUGUGCCAUCCACGGUGAAGGGCCAUCAUCAUCGGGCCUGAGCGCGGGAACGGCAUUGAUACUAGAGUUUUCAUGCACAUUUGUGGUACUAUUUGUUGGUGUGACUGUGGCAUUUGACAAGAGGAGGUGCGAAGAGUUGGGCUUGGCUUUGGUUUGUGCAGUGGUGGCUGGGGCUAUGGCACUUGUGGUGUUUGUGUCCAUAACAGUGACUGGACAGGCCAGCUAUGCUGGUGUGGGCCUAAACCCAGCAAGGUGUUUGGGCCCAGCUUUGUUGGAAGGUGGACAUUUAUGGUAUGGGUAUUGGGUGUUUUGGGUUGGGCCCAUUAUUGCAUGCACUAUAUAUUAUGGAUUCUCUUUGAACUUGCCAAGGGAAAGUAUAGUGUGGGUUGAUGGAGAAUACGGGCUUUUAAGUUUUGCCAGGGUUUGUUUGGGAGAUGAGAAUAAAACUCUUCCUCUUCAAUGGAAUAGUCAAUCAAAUGAGUUGUAACUUGAAUUUUUGUAUUUUACUUUUUGGGAUCCAAUAGAGAAGUCCAGUUCGAUACUCUUGGAUCUAC